AUGGUAUCAGUCAGAAAAAGAAGAAGCAAACAUUCAUCCGUUUCAAGAACAACAAGAAAGACUAAAGAUAAACACCGUAGAAUUCCUGCUAGUUCGAAUAUAUUAAUAAGUAAAAACUGGGAUCCCAAAUUAACGUUGAUUCAAAAUUAUAGAAAGCUAGGAUUGACGUCGAAAUUAAAGAAAGCUACAGGAGGAAAAGAGAAAAUAAUCAAACCGUUUUAUGAGGAUGAUGAUUUUUUGCAGAAACAGAAAAAUUUGAAUAAUUUAAUAAAUAACGGGAUGAAUGAUGUGAAUAUGAGUGGCAAUAAUGAGGAAGAAAUUGAUGAAAAUGAGAUACCAGAAGGCGAAGCGAGAAUUAUAAGGGAUAAGAAAACAAACCAAGUGAUUAGAGUUGUACAUGGGAAGAAGAAGGUGAAUGAUGAUAGUGAUGAUGGUGAUAAUAAAAUGAAUCAAAUCAAGAUUGUACAUUCAAGUAAUAACGCCUCUUUUAUAAAAGAAUUGGAGGAGUAUGCUUCCAGACCCGUGAUUAAAGUUGAAAGACGUGAGUCUGAACGAGAAUCUAGCUGGUUGAAGUCUUUAUAUGAAAAGUAUGGAGACGAUUACAAGAAAAUGCAGUGGGAUAAAAAGAUGAAUAUAUACCAAUUGACGAGUAACCAGAUCCGAGGUAAAAUGGAAAAAUGGAAAAAAAGGAACAGUGUGCAAUGA